AUGGCUUAUAACAACUCCUCUCCCACCCCCCACCCGUGCAUGGCAGGGUUUGAGGCGUAUCUAGUGGGCGGCAGCAUCAGGGACCUUUUGCUGGAUGUGCCACCCAAGGACUACGACGUGGUCUCCACCGCCACCAACAACGAGAUCCGCAAGUCGUUCCCCAGGGCGCGCAUUGUGGGGCGCCGCUUCCCCAUCUGCCACGUGAUGGUGGGGGGGGAGAUCGUAGAGGUAUCGAGCUUCAAGACCAAGGAGCAGUUGCCACAGCGGCGCAAGCGAACAGCAAAACCGGAGCAGUUAGGGAUGCGGGCAACAAAGCUGUCAUGGCUUGAUGAUGACGCGGGGGAGGGCGAUGAGCGGGACGAGGAGGGGGACGAGGAGGGGGACGAGGAGGGGGACGAGGGAGACGAUGGGGAGGAGGGAGAGGAGGGACGGGAAGAGGAAGAAGAGGGGGAGGAGGAAGAAGAAGAGGAGAGGGAGGAGGAGACGGAAGAUGGGCUGCUGGUGCAGGUGCAACCCCCGCGGGAGAUGGUGGAGAGGAAGGGGUGGUCGGGCAAGGACUCGGAGCGAUGGCGCAAUGCUGCUCGCAGGGACUUCACUGUCAAUGGGCUGAUGCUAGACCCGUUCAGUGGCACGCUGUACGACUAUGUGGGGGCAAUGAAUGACAUCAAGACCCGCGUGCUCAGAACGAUACAACCAGCCCUGCCCUCCUUCCUAGAUGACCCAGUGCGUGUGCUGCGAGCCAUGCGCAUGGCAGCCAAGGCACGCCUCUCCCUGCAUGAGGACAUCGUUGCUGCCCUGCAGUCGCCGCGCCUCCUCUCCUCCCUCGCGCAUGCCAGCAAGGACCGCGUACAGCAGGAGGUGGCGUUGCUGCUGUCGUACGGGUCAUCUGAGCCCGCUGUUCGCUUGCUCUGGUCACACCGCCUCAUGCCGCUGCUGCUGCCCCUGCACUCAGCUCGGCUGCUGGAUCGUGGCUUCCCAACCUCUCCAUCUGCUGCUGCCACUGCUGACGAUCUGCUCUUCGCCAUGCUGCGGCAGCUGGAUCGCCUUACAGCUCCCAAUGCUCCCUGCCGCCUCAUGGUCUGGGUGACAAUCCUAGCCCUCUACCUCGCAGCAACCGCCACUCCCACACACCCCGCAGCACUGCUAGCAGCAGCGCUGCGCAUGAGAAGGGGCGGGCUGGAGUGGGAGAAAGCAGCAGCCGAUGCAGCAGAGGUGCUCUCCCACCUCCUCUUCCUCACACCGUUCACUCUCACUUUCUCUCCUUUCCCCUCGCCCCCCACCCCGCCAACGCCCCCCACCCUCUCUAAUUCACUUCAUGUUGUUUCCUCCUCUCGCUCCCUCAACCUUCCCCUCUAUCCCCCCCCCCCCCCCCUGCAGCUACUACCCAGGGCCCUACGCUGUGUGCUGCAGAUGACCCAUCCAGGACAGCUCUCCCGCCACGCACACGCACAGCUCGGCAUCUCUCUUCCCGAACCCGUGCGCCUCUCUCCCUCUCCCCCUCUCUCCUUCUCUCCCUCUCCCCCUCUCUCCCUCUCCCCCUCUCUCCUUCUCUCCCUCUCCCCCUCUCCCCCUCUCUCCCUCUCCCCCUCUCUCCUUCUCUCCCUCUCCCCCUCUCCCCCUCUCUCCCUCUCUCCCUCUCUCCCUCUCUCCCUCUCUCCCUCUCUCCCUCUCUCCCUCUCUCCCUCUCUCUACCCCUCUCGGCACUGUUCCGAGCCGACAUGCAACGACUCACAUCAUCACUCCUCUCCACCACUCUGCCAGUCCCACUCACCGCAGUGUCUCCAUCUCAUCAUCUAA